AUGGGUGGAUUAUAUUUAAACUUUGUUGUUUAUGGCGCCUUGUGUCGUCCGCUUAAGACCGUCAGCACGAAGAAUAAGGAGAUAAAAGAAAUCAAAUUGAAGUCUAUGAAUGAGUUUCUACUAAAACCGGAAUCAGGGUUCGAUCCAGACGAAAAGCCGAUUGAAUAUAAAGAUCAGACAAACAUAAAGAAUCCUGAUCUUUCUGAAAACGGUCGGCGAAUAAAUAUGAAAAACUCCUUUUCAAGCAAAUUUGCUAAGUUCCGUUUAAUCAUAUUUGAUCCGGAUGUUUUGAAAAAUCCCAGCAUACAAUUGCUACUAACUGUUUACUUAUUUUGGACAGCGGGCGAAUGUGUUAAAAUCUAUCUUGCGCCAAAAGUUGUGGAUACUGGACUCACACGAGAACAAGGAGCCUUGAUCAUGUCCAUCUACGGUGCAGUUAUGGCGCUUAGCCAAAUUGUUGUGGGAAUUAUGGCUGACCUGUUUCACAUCCCAACAAGUUACCUUCUGAUGUCGUCAUUGCUUGGCAUGUCAGCCUUUUCUUUAGUCUUUACAUUCUGCCAAUCGUUCUCUUUGUUCGUCGCGUGCGUAUGUUUGUUCGCCAUUUGCCACGGUUUUACCUUUCCCCUUCGAAUUGUGCUUGUGUCUUCAAUUUUGGGAGUAAAAAACCUGACUAAAGGUUAUUCUCCUUUAUGUCUUUUGAUUGGUUUCUCUUACCUUAUCAAGACGAUAAUUGCAGGUUAUUUGUUCGAGGCAACACAGUCUUUCGACGCCAUAUUUUACUUUAUUUCCGGUUCUUUAUUCAUUUCCUGUAUCAUUUCAAUUGGAAUCAUCUACAUGCAACGAAAGAGGAAAUUCUGCGAAUAA